GGAAGAAAAAAUAACAGUACUAACGUUGAGGGUGCGCUGUUUUGCCAUUUUCCAUUUCCGGCCCACCAGCAAUAUAUUCCUCGUCAGGCCAGCCCCGACACCCUCCCUCUCUCCUUCUCACCUCACCGUCCAGCAUUCUGUCCGUUGCCGACGCGCUCGUCGCCUCGAACCAUUCGCGCCUUGGUGCUGAGGUCUGCCCGCUGGGCCGUCCUGCGUCUCGCUUGUUGUUCAGGGGGGAAACCAUCACCGCCUCGCCUACCUGCCCACCUGGACAGCCGCAGCGCACCGCCGCCGCUCCGCUUACACCCGCCCGCCCGCCUGCUCGCUCGUCCUCUCGCAGCGCAGCGCACCAAGUAGCGGCUGACCGUUGCAGCGGAUUACACAUCAACCAAAAAAAGGGCAGCCAACCCACCACCCACCCCCCAGAGGCGAUUUUCCUCAAGACUUACCCUUCCGCGUCUUUCGCCGCGCCACCGCGACAUCAACGUCAUCCGGAACUCGCCAAGCCUUGCUGCCACCACUUUUCGUUGCAAGUCAUCUCGGCGCUGCUGCGCUGGACCCUUGCGCCCCGUUUCAAGCAACCCGGGUCCCUGGCUUCUUCCAUCGAGUCACCGUCCUGGUCCUUUGUGUGUGUAUCCGACUUUCAGGGCCCGACUUACAUCAGACGUUGCCCCCCACGGGUCCCAAACAAAGCCAAAUCAUCGACAAACACUAUUUACCUGGCCCUACCUUUGGCAGUUGAUCAUGACGGACUUGCAAUUAUAGCACGUCGGUCCUCAGGGACACACGGUACACACCACCACAUCUCGCUCUCCAAGAGUAGAGGUCUGCACUGGUCUGUAGGCUUCGUCGGCUCGACGCAACCACGCACAUACAACACAGCAAACUACUAGCGACAACGCGCGAUCCUUUGACUUUUGUCUCCGUUGCACGAUCCAACCCCGACUCCUGGAGUGUCGCUCAAUCACCAAAACUCGCAUAUAAUCGCAAUCGACUCCAAAUCAACAACAAUGACUCCCUUGCCGUCGACAGGAUCCCAGUACCCUCUCUGGGUGCCCCCCACCACAGAAGAGGCCGAGGAUGGGGACGAGCCCCCAGAGCUGGGGUUGCGACAUCCCACGUCUCAGCCCUUCCAGAGGACGGCAAUCCGUCGUCCGAAUUGUGCUCAGUCCUCGCUUCUCACCAAGGCCAUCAUGGGCCAGUCCGAUGACGAUCACCAUGACUUUCACCCCUCGAUUCUCAUCGACUCGCAGCGCCGUCGAUCCAUGGCCAGCAACAUCAGUGUGGCCUCAACGGCCGACCUGACAAGCGACACUGGUCUCACCAGCCCUAGUCGCACAAACACGCCUAGCCCGCCCAUCCCCGAGAUGGCCGCUCUGCGCCUUCAUGCUCCUCAGGUAUCAGACAACAAGAGCGGGACCACGUCCGCCGUCAGCGAACAUGAGGCUCCCAGAGAGCCUCCUCGCAAGCGCUGCAUUCAGUUUGCUUGUGCUGCGAAGCCCAUCAUCCAGGAGCAGACCAAACCACGACCAACCCCCAUGGUCAAGACACCCUCGGCCCAAGAGGCGCCACGACGGCCUUGCAUCAAGUUUGCGGCGCCAGCUCGUCCUGCCUCGACGCAGAACACGCCGCCCUCGCGAAUGGGUCGGUCUCCCGCAAAGCCUGCCCCUGUCAGCAUCCCCGAAUCGCCGUCAACACCCAAGAGGUCUUCCGCUCUGUCGUCCGUCACUACCUCUCCCCGGUCCGUCUCUUCUGCGAAUCCAUCAAACCGCCCGCUGCUGUCACGGCCAAAGUACCUUCGAGCCAAUUCCAAGGACCUGGCUCGAGACGGCUCGCAGUUUCACGAAUUCGCCAGCGGUCUAUCUCGCGAGGAAGACUGGAUCAGACAGGCCAACCCUGUCCUGCUGACGAAGCUCACCAUUAAUGACACUCUCGUCAAGGAGAACAACAUCCGUCGUCUCGGCGCCGAAGCAGAGGAAGAGGCUGAGCUCGAAGAGGAGGAAGAUGAUGCCGUCUUGGACGAAGACGACGACGACGACCUUGAUGGCGAUGAUGACAACGAUGAGAAUGGCGACGACGACGACGACGAUCUGGGCGAAGAUGACGAGGACGAAGAGGAAGAUUCUGAUGGCUACCACACCGACGAGGAGACGGGCUUCGCCGAUUCUGACGACGAUGAGGCUGACGAUGACGAGAAUAUGAUACUAUGGACACCAAGCCACGCGUCUACUGCACGACAGCCCGGAAGUCUGGUACCUGCACGCCGAAACUCCUUCACCGAGCCUCAGUCAGACUCGUCCCACGCUACCAACGGCAGCAUGCGCCGUGCGAAACCCAGACGCGUGAAGCCGCAGUCGGAUGCUCCUGAUCUUCCCGACAGCACUGAUUUUGUUUGCGGAACGUUGGACGAGGAUCGGCCUCUGGAGGAGGCCUAUCUGAUGAGCCUCGCUGCCCGCAGAAACGAAAAACUUCGUGUCAUCCCUCAGGACAUUGACCCAAGCUUCCCCGCCUCUGACCCGGACAAUGACGACGAGGAGGAGAUAUAUAAUCCCGUCGCCCACGAUAGUGAUGGGGACGCGUGGGUACAGGGCGAGAUGGAGGACUUGCAUCACGGUCAGGAGCGGUCUAGACGCAGGAAGAAGAGCGAGCACGCUUCUCCUCGCAAAUAUCGGUCCCCGGCCCCGAAGCGACGUCCCUCGCCGCCGCCGCCCCGGAAGCGAGCUCAUUCUCCCCCACCUCCGAAGGCACGCGCUCGAUCGCCAAAGCCGUUGUUUGGGCGCCACUCGCCCCGAAGAGCCAAGUCGCCAGCCCCGCGAGCUCUCACGACCCCGCUCGGGUCGCCACGCCAGGGAGCGCACGUGCAAUUUCACCUCGCCGGUCGACCCGUCACGACUCACACCAAGUCUCUACCGCGUCCUGCUGCGUUGUUCCCGCAGAUGAGAAGGGAGCGAAAUCUCAAGUACUGCCACGCUGACGACGUGCACAUCCGCGGGGCCAUUGACAUUGUCAAGGGCCUUGAGAGGAAGCGACAGCGACGUAAGGAGAAGUUCUAUCAGAAAUACUGCAACCGGGCGCGCCGAGGACAGAUCCCGGAGCGGAAGCCCCUGCCCGGACGGGGCGCCGAGCGCAUGAAGGAGCUUGGUCUGCUGAUGGCGGGCAAGAGGGACCAAGGCAACUACGUGCUCUCCGUCUAAGACAACAAAGGUCCUUUUCAGGACAAAGCAUGACCGCAUUGACGGAUGCUACGACAUAAUCUUCCCAAGCACGGGAUGUUGGGCGACAUGUUCCUAUGUUGUACAUGUCUCUAUGGACGUUGACACACAUAUCACGACCUCAUGACUCGCUUCCCGAAUACAUAUUCGCACCGGAGGAUUAGGUCAUAUUUAGUUUGGAACCCAUGUACAUAUGUUUCUUUGGUCAUCUAUUUCUUGCGUUCAUACACCUGGUCGACUGGCAUUACGGAUGGCAUGCAUUCGCUGUGGCUGGAGAGGCAUCAUCAAUCGCUUGGAUACCCUGCAUUGAGCAUUUGGGUCUUAUAGGUUUGGUUUGGCGUUUAAGGAGGCAUCGCGAACGGAGCCGGUAUUUUCAGAGUUAGAUCCUGAAUAGGCAUCUGACAUAUGACAUCUAUGACGAGACCAUUGAUGCUUGCACCGAUUU